AUGGCACAAGGCCGCCUCUACCGGGACUAUUACUCCGAUGCAGAGUCUUUCGAGACACCGGUGCGACGCACCAUAUCCUCCGCGAGGCUGCAGCAGCCGCCAACUUCACCAGUCGAACUACCAGCCGUGCCACGAAUCGUGAACUCCCUCGCCAGGCCGUCCACCCGCGAUGGAAGCGGCCGCCCCAGGGCUGGGGUCAGCAGCGUCGCACAGCCAAGACACGACGAUCGCCCGCCACUGCGAAUAGCUAUCUCCGACCUCAGGCCUCAGCAUGCUAUUGGCGUUCCUCGGUCUUCCGAGGAUGAGCAUGCGCCGCCACGUCCAGUGAUAUCCGACCUGGGCCUCAACCUUGACGGCGCUGCGUAUAGUAGCAUACCAGAGAACGCCGGUAUCCUGAGCGAAACUCCAUCAGAGGCUGAAGAUGAAGUAACUGCUUACGGCCUCAGCGCUACGGCCUCACCUCCUCACCAAGAGCCAACCCUUCAUCAAGACCAGAUGGACGACUCUAGGCUCUAUACCUACUACAGAGAAGCCCCAAUGAGCCCUCACAUCCAGCAGGAGAGGCCAAGCGACCUCCAGAGCCUGGACUUGACGGCUGCGCCAGGACCAGUUAUACCAUGGGAGAGACGCGGCGGCACAGCAACGCCUACGACGGCAUCCGUCGACUCUGCCUCCGUAUUCUCCCAAGCCGCGCAAAGCAGCUCCCGCUCCUCUGGAAGCCGAAUGCCCGAAUUCUUCAGCCGUGCAGUCUUCCAAACCAUCCUGCACAAUCCGACGAUUUCCCACCAGCUUCUCAAAUUUGCACAUUCCAGACUCUGCGGCGAGAACAUGGAGUUCCUCGGCCGAGUCGAGGGGUACCAGAGCCUACUGACGCAAGUCUCGAAGACCAUCUAUGAGAUCCACAGAGAGUUCGUUGCCAGUAGCGCUCCGACCCAGAUAAACAUACCUCAGCAAUGUCUCAUCAAGGUCAAUACCGAGAUGCGAUCUGCGCUCUCAAACACUCUACCAAUGCUGGAGAACAUCUUCUCCGACGCUCAAAAUAAUAUAGAAGAGCUGGUGUACGGAGACGUCUACCCCAAAUUCGUCCGCCAUCAGAUGAGCGUCUCCGCUGGCAAAGCCUUGGGCACCAAUAGGGGCAAGUUUGCAGGGCUGGGUGAUUGCUUCGUCCUUACCGAUCCGGCGAAAGCGGAUAAUCCCAUCGUCUAUGCGUCCGAUGGGUUUGUGAAGGUGACUGGGUACUCUCGGAACGAGAUCAUCCCGCGCAACUGCCGGUUCUUGCAAUCUCGACAUACCGAUCGAGCGGCCGUGCGGCGACUACGGACGAGUGUCGACAAGCGGGAGGAGAGCGUGGAACUGCUGCUCAACAACCGCAAGGACGGACAGCCGUUCUGGAAUCUGCUGUACACGACUCCUCUGUUCGACGGAAACGGUAACCUCGUCUUCUUCCUCGGAGGUCAAAUCAACUGCUCGACCUCCGUCCACAGCGCCUCAGACGUCCUCCGCAUCCUCGCGCAAUCGAGCGAUGAGCCGAAAGACGAGACGCUAGCAACUCAGCUGUCUUCGCCCCCACCCGCUAAACCUAGAAGCCGAAGUUUCUUCAGCGCCCUCCGAAGCAGCAGGGACCGGACGGGCUCGCAGCAGACACCACCGCGGAUCCCAGGCAUGGAGCAUACGCUCGUCGAUCGCCUGGAGGAAAUGCCGCUCAAGAACCAGAUGAGGACAUUCUACACCGCCUACUCCAACUACAUAGUUGUCAACUACAGCACCUUCUUCAUCUCCUUCAUCUCGGUUGGUAUCAUCGACCUCCUCUUCCCAAUCAAAGCCGCCGGUGCCGCCUCGAGACAAUCCCCUGUUGGGCAAGACGUCUUCAAGUUUCUCGCGAACCACACCCCGAAUGGCGGCUCUUCUAUGGGAAGGGACUUCAAACAGAGUGUAAAGGCGCCGCUGAGUAGAGGCCAAGCGGUCAGUGUGGAUUUGAAGUUGUGUGCGAGGCCUUAUAUGGGGUUUGAGAGGUUUGCGACUCAUUGGACGCCGCUGAAGGAUGAGGGGCAUGAGGUUGCUUGGGUGGUGUUGACGCUGGGGAACGAGCAUCGGGUCGGGCAUGCGAUGUGA